AGCAAUGAAACGAAGACAAGAAUCCCACACCAUUUUAGAAUAAGUAAUAAAGAGGAGAUCUGGAGAAGAAGAAAAGGAUUCUUCCUUCGAAAGCGUUGGGAAUAAAACACUUUAAAUUACAAGUGUAAAACGUCUCAUGAGUAAGAUGAAGAUCAAUCUCAGAAGCAAAAAUAAAGAGGAAGAAAAUGGGAAACAGAAGAAAGAUUCUUCUCUCCAAAGCGUUGGGAAGAUAAAACGUGAAAUAAGAAAUGUAAAACGUCUCAUGAGUAGAGUUGAGAGUUUACCGCCGACUGUGGUUCAAGAAAACGAGAGAAGGCUGGAAAUGUUGCAAAAUAAAUUGGUCAACACCCAGCAGUCAAAGAUUUCUGACAAAUACAAAAUGGUGCGAUUCUUCGAAAAGAGGAAAUUAUUCAGAAAACUAAAGAGCGCCCGUAAUGUCCACGGAGACGAGAGUCCUCAAGUCCAGAAAAUUCGAGAUCAGAUCAAUUAUAUAGUGUACUUUCCGCUGGGUGAAAAGUACAUAUCUUUACUUCCCAAAGAACCGUACACAGACGAUAAAGUUAUCGCCAGACAGGAGGAAAUUCUUCAGUCCAUCGCAGGGAAAGUGUUGAUUAAAGAUCUGGAAGACGCGUCUCAAGCGUCUUGGAGUAAAGAUAAAAACGUGCCUCUCUCUAGAAUAAAAUCACUUCAGGCGCCAGAUCUUAAUCUAAAAGAGAGACGAAUUCACAGCAAGCCAGCCCCAGUUCCCUCUUCCACAGACGACUUCUUCAUCAUUGACCGAGGUUAACGGCAGUACCGUUUCCGUAUCCGUGCUGAUAAGGAACAGACAGUCUUUACAAGCGAUUCAGACAGUUUCUCUGAUUAUUCUUUAUUGUGCUCAGCAUUAAAAUAUGGAAUAGAUCGGGGAUAUUUUAAUUGAAGCUGGGCGGUAUUUAAAAUUGACAUAGAUUUUUUGCAUAGAUUGUCUUAUUUUACAUUCCGAGACUAAGUGGAUUUCUUAGAAUCACAAAGAUAUCUAUCCAUCUCUUAUCAAGUUAUCAGUUCUCAUUUGGUUACUUGAACUAAUUUAAUUUAUUGAGUUUUUUUGAACUAGUGUAUAAUUUCUAUUGUUAAAUAUACGGUCAUUUAACAUUUUAUUAGUCACA